CAUAAUAUGGCUUUGAGUAAGGCUUAGCCGCACGUGUAUGGGUUACAAGAGUUGUGCUGUGGACAAUCGAAUCGCCUUUUGGUACAGCGACAAAAAACAUAAAAUAAUCCGUCACACGUCUGCCAGGUGGCAACGUCUCUAUUAACGACUCGGAUCAAACAAGAUGGCCUUCUUAUCUGGUUUUGUCAAAAGUGGUUUGUCCUUGCUGGGAAAGGAUGCAUCAGCAUUUCCAUACACCAUUGGUCCAAAGGUCGAAUGGUAUGAAAACCAAUCAAUCUGGUCAUUGCAUCGUGGAACCAAAAAGGAGGAUAACUCUGAAGUCUCCAUUUUCACAUUCGACGUAGUAAAGAAUCGAAAUAUGGUUCAGCUUGCCAAACAUGCAUACAAAAAAAUGCGGACCCUUAGACACCCGGAUCUGCUGCGAUUUCUCGAUGGUGUAGAGAAUGAUCAAGCUAUAAUGAUUGUCACAGAUGCUGUGGAGCCGCUUUCAGAUCAAUUGAAACAAAAUGCAGACAAAAAUCUCACCUUAUGGGGCCUGUACAAAAUUGCUAGUGCCAUCAAGUUCAUUAAUAAUGAUUGUGGAAUGGUACAUGGAAACGUGCGGAUAUCUUCCAUCUUCACUAAUAAAGCCGGUGAAUGGAAGUUGGGAGGGUUCGAAUUACUAGACUCAAUGAAAGAAGAAAGCCCAAUGAUAAUGACUUUUGGUGGAAUGAUACCCGAUGCUAAUCGCUAUGCCUCGCCUGAAAUCAAGAAAUCAGGCUGGACUGUCAUUAAAGACUUACCUACUAGUGCAACUGACAGUUUCCAACUUGGAUGUCUCAUUUACGAAACUUAUAAUGGGCAUAUGGAUUCCACUGACAAAUUAAUGAGUACACGAGGCGAUAUACCAUCAAAGAUGCAGAAUGUAUACAAAUUGCUCUUAACGACGUCGCCAAAGGCAAGAAUUGAUUCAGAGCGAUUCCUUGACGAAGGGUUACGACCGCAAGGGUUUUUCUCAAAUGAGUUUAUUCAAGUCAAUUUAUUCCUUGAAAAUAUAACCAUCAAGGAUCAAUCCGAAAAAGAUGUUUUCUUCAGAAAAUUGGACAAUGUUAUCGAGACUUUUCCACAAGAGUUCUCUAUCCAUAAAAUUCUUCCAGAACUCAUCAACGCUUUUGAAUUCGGAGCAGGUGGACCCAAGGUGCUCAGCAGUAUAAUUAAAGUCGGCGGUCACCUUCCUGACGAAGAAUAUGUGAAGGUCGUCAUUCCAUGCAUUAUCCGUAUGUAUGCCGCGCCUGACAGAGGAAUACGGAUGGCUCUGUUGGAAAUGCUUCCUAGCUAUGUGGAUCGUUUAACUAAGAAAAUUGUCAAUGACCAAAUUUUCCCACAUGUUGCAUUGGGCUUCACAGAUGGUGUUCCCAUGAUUCGUGAGCAGACCAUCAAGGGAAUAUUGCUACUGGUACCAUUGUUGAGUGAUCGAGUCAUCAACUAUGAUCUUUUGAAAUAUCUGGCUAAACUUCAGAUGGAUGAAGAGCCUGGAAUCCGAACAAACACUACUAUAUGUUUGGGCAAGAUAGCGAAGCAUUUAAACGCUGCGACACAGAAGAAGGUGCUGGUUCCAGCAUUUGCUAGGAGUUUGAAGGAUGGAUUUCACCAUGCCCGAAUUGCUGGUCUAAUGGCCCUGAAUGCGACCGCCGAAUACUACGAUGCCCAAGACUGUGCUACCCGUAUCAUACCUUGUAUUUCAUUAGUCCUUCUGGAUAAGGAAAAACCUGUCAGAACGCAAGCUUUCAAAACUUUGGAUGUCUUCAUCAAAAGAGUGUCUGUGUUUGCAGACGCAAUGCCGGAUACAGCCAUUGUUGAAACAGUAGCAUCCCCACAGGUCACAGAAGGCGGACCUGGCGGACCUGGCACGUUUGCAAGAUCCAACAGCGCUUCGGCAGCUGCCGCUGGUGUCGCCGGAGUACUGGGAGAGGCCACUAAAGGAUUUGCCGGUUGGGCAGUCACAUCCAUAGCUACGAGAGUAAGCAGCAUUUGUGCUCAUUGCAGUAUUACCAGUGUUUUAUCUAAUGAUUUUUGCAUGUCAUAGCUUGCUUCUCCUGGAGAAAUGGCUAGUAGUGCGCCUGUAACUAUGCAAUCAGCAAGCGAUCCAAGCCUGAACAAAUAUGCAGCAAGGACUGUACCUGCGCCAGAUACCCCUAACCCAGAUCGAAUUGCUGAUCGCUUGGUCCUUGCCGACCUAGAUGGAGAUCAUGGUGACAGUUGGGAUAACGAUGAUAACGAUA